GAGUGACGACGGACCAAAUAACUGUUGCACGUCAAGAUGGCGCUGCUCAUGGACACCAGACUUUUACUGAGAAAAGUUAAAGAUUUAAGGUGUUUAACCCCACGACGAAACCGAGUGAAGGAAAAAUGGGCUGUCACACGUACCAAGCACCCUCCCACCAGCCUGGCUCUGCAGCACUUUGAUGCCACCCACAGCGUCCAGCUGGGGCCGCUGUGGCCAUCAGUCCGAGCAGCCUUGCUGUCAGAGAAGAAAUACGGAGCCCUGCUCAAUAAUUUCUCCUAUGAUGUGGUUCUGGCAGACCUUGAAGCCCAGGGAUGCAGAGACUUCCUCCGUGACGCAGAUACAGAAGUUUCUGCAGCUCAGCCAUUCUUGGAGCAAGAAUCUGAGGUUGUGGGCGAUGAGGAAUCCAGUGGUGUUUCCAUAUCUAAGAAAUCUGGCAUUGAUGGUCAGCAGCUAUCUCCCCUCCACCUCAGUCCUCACAUCAAGUGCUUAGUGUUUCCAAGAGGGGAUAUCACAAGAUUCAAGCCCGCAAGACCAGACAUGUGUGGCUUGUUGGGUUACUACCUGAUGGAUGCAGCCUCUCUGCUGCCUUGUCUCGCACUGGAUGUCCAAGAAGGUCACAAUGUGCUUGACCUCUGUGCUGCUCCAGGAGGCAAGACUUUGGCUUUACUUCAGACCCAGUCUAUAGGUUAUUUGUGCGUUAAUGACGCCUCAGUGUCUCGGACGUUGCGACUGAGAAAAGUCCUCAACAGCUACGUUCCUAAGCCGCUUUUAGCUGAUGAGAAACUACGCAUCACCUCCUUUGAUGGCACCAUUUGGGGGGAUAUUGAAAGGAACACUUUUGACAGAGUCCUCAUUGACGUCCCCUGCACCACAGACAGACAUUCACUGAUGGAGGACGACAACAACAUAUUCAGUAAGAGCAGGACCGGUGAAAGACGAAAGCUCCCGCAGUUACAGCUGGAGCUACUGAUGGCUGGAAUCGAAGCAACUUGUCCGAGUGGGGAGAUCCUUUACUCCACCUGCACACUUUCUCAAAUCCAGAACCAGAGUGUGGUGGAACAGGCAAUCGUCUUGGCUCGAGAGAACCACGGCAUCCAGCUUCAGGUUGUUGAUCUGCGACCCCUCACACACAUGUUCAGGAAAACCUUUCACUUUGCUCCCGACCUCCACCUGGGUGAGAUGGUUAUCCCACACUUAGCCGCUAACUUUGGCCCCAUCUACAUGUGCAAGCUACGGAGGCUCACAUAGACCGGUGACAGCUUCUCCUAAAAGCUUGUGGACAUUUGAAUGACUGUUACGGCUUUAUGGACUAAUGAGAAGAUCCUCUUGACUCGUCUUUCCGUACACACUGUAGCUGUUGGAACCUUUCGUCAUGGUGGUGGACUGUUGAAACACUGGGCUACAGUUGGUUAAAUGUGAAAGAAACACACAAACAAUCCAGUUGAAGGACCUGGACCAUAACAUUAUUAUUGUGUACAGCAUUGAGACAACAGGAACACCAAAUUCAAUUUACGAGAUUUUUCGACAAAUCAGUCAGUUAAAACUCUGAUUUGUUGUUUUUUCGAGUGAACCAGCUUUUUAAUUGUAGUUUUACUUUUUUACCUGUAGGUGGCAACAGUAGCUCAAGAUUAAAAGUAUCCUGUUCCCAUGAAAGGAUAUCCUUUGAGUUCACUUUACCGAAACACAAAUUUCCAUCAGAAUCACAAGCUCUCUUUAAGCCUCAAAUGAAAAUGUGGUUGGCUUGUUUCAUUGUUAUUCAUCAGGUUUGAUGGCUUUGCCUAAUAAUGCGAUAUGUGGGUAUAUGGAAUGAGGGCAUAAUGAACAGGGAAGUAAUGACUUUUUUGACCAUUUGGUUUCUCACAUCUGAAUCUGUAAAACUUUCAUUAUUAUAUCUGGAUUGACUCUGUUUUGCAUUGACAUCACUCAGAGUUGAAAUGUUUCCUCUUAUCACUGCCUAAUGUGAGCAGAGAGGUGCCUCUUUUUCCAUCACACCGCCGAUGACCCUUUAUGUUGUCCUGGCCAGGCAAUGUAGCGUGAAAAAGGUGUGUGUGGUCUGUGUGUGUGUGUGUGUGUGUGUAUGUGUCUAACGAGUCCACCAUCCACAUCCCACUGUCAUUAAGCUGCUCCAAGUGCAGGAGCCGACUCCCAUCCCCGUGCAGGGAUGGACGGCAGCCAUGCGGCUCCCAGAUGAACAUUAAAGAGGCAGCAGAGAGCUAAAAUGGGACAUCUCUGCCUGUUUUGCCCUUCCGCUUUUUUAUUCCACAGAUGAGUGCAGAUAAUUUUCUGUGCGAUUGUGAGUGAUUACUGUAUUACUGCGGUAAAAGGGGGAUGUAUCUGGGAAUGCAGAGGGAAUUAAUGACACAUAAAAACUAUUUUUGUAUUGACUGCUUUCGUCUCCAGGGCCUUGAAUGCCUCUUCGCACAUCUUGUGAUUACCUAAACGUAUUGUAAAUAUGUGUUUCCUAUGGGCUCUUACAUAAAUUUACAUGUUUUAACACUUGGGAGACGGCAGACUGUUAGAGAUGAGUUACUCUCUCUUCUGCCUGCCUAUAGACUCGACUGGCUGUCUGCUUUAUUAUUGAAUUAGCCAAUGAAGCGCUGUGCAUUUGUGUCUCUGUGUGUAAGCCUGUGUUAGGAAGAUUAAUGCUGUGUAUUAAAAAGAUGAAUAUUAUGGAUUUAACUCCACAACCAUGCUUCUGUUGCAUUUUCAAAUACAAUUUCAACAUUGCUUUCUUUGAUAAUAAACAUGUAAAACACUG